GCCACGUCCCCGGGAGCCCCCACCACGUCUCUGCCCGGGGUGGGACCGAGGUGGGACCGGGGUGGCCUCGAUGUCCCCGCUCUGCGCCCCCCGAGCAGCAGCACCAUCGGCCCGGCUCCACCUUAACCGGGGCGGCCGCACCGCUCUGCCCGCGCCCGGGCGGCUCCGGGGGAGCGCAGGGGCGUUUAUCUCGCCCGGGAUCAGCCAAUAUUUGUGGCCACGUCAGGAGAACGAGCUCAUCCUCGCUCCGUGUUCCCGCUCAGUCCAGCUCUGCCACCCUGCUCCGCUCCCCGGUUCUGCAGCUGGCUCAUCCCACUCGGCUUCUCGGACACUGCUGGGACUCCCACGCUGCCACCUCUCGCCCUGGACAUGACGGUCACCGUGACCCUCCUGCUCCUGAGCCUCCUACGGACGGCGGCAGCCGAGGGCGGGUGGUGCCCGGCCUGCGGAGUGGCCGCGGUGGCUCCUGGAGCUCAGCGGGACGCGCUCCUGGCUCUGGCCAAGCGGAGCAUCCUGGCCAAGCUCCGCUUGCCAGCCCGGCCCAGCGCCCCGCAGCCGCCGGCACGGGCGGCUCUGCUGACCGCGCUCCGCAGGAUGCGAGCGCAGCGCUCGGACACGGCCACCGCCUUCCCAGGGAUGCUCCCAAACAACCCGGCCCGGCCGGGAAUGGGGCUGCAGGAAUACGAGAUCCUGAGCUUUGCUGAGGAAGGAUCCUCCACUUCCCACAGCGUCCGCCUGCAUUUCCGCUUCUCCCAGGAGGUGGCCGGGAGCACCGAGAUCCUGCAGGCCACCCUCUACCUGUUCUGGGCAGCCCCUGGCCACGGGGCACAGCCCGUGACCGUCAGGAUCCUGCGGCCAGACCCAGCAGGGGUCACCCAGAACGUGACGGUGGCCAGCGAGACCCGGCUGGAGGUGCAGAGAUCCGGCUGGACCACGCUGGACGUCGGAGCAGCCGUCCGGAGCCUCUUCGGACAAGAGACCCCUCGGCUCACGGUGGAACUGGAGGUGCCAGAGGACUGGGGGUCCCCUCUGCCAUCGGACCACAGCGAUUCCCACUGGCCGUUUGUGGUGGCCCAAGCCCAGGCCAGGACACCCCACCGCGUCCAUCGUCGCGGCGUCGAUUGCGGCGCAGACUCGCGGAUGUGCUGCCGCCAGGAGUUCUUUGUGGACUUCAAGGAGAUCGGCUGGGAGGACUGGAUCAUCCAGCCAGAGGGGUACCACAUGAAUUACUGCACGGGGCUGUGCCCGCUGCACAUGGCCGGCGUUCCCGGCCUCGCCGCCUCCUUCCACACCGCCGUCCUCAACCGCAUCAAGGCGGCGAGCGCGGCGGCGGCCGUGGACUCCUGCUGCGUUCCCACCCAGCGCCGGCCCCUCUCCCUGCUCUACUACGACCGGGACAGCAACAUCGUCAAGACCGACAUCCCCGACAUGAUCGUGGAUUCCUGCGGCUGCACCUGAGCGCUGCCGGCGGGGGCGGGAGGACAGGACACGGCGGGAC